UCUGUCGUGGGGGACGUGCCAGGCUCAGGGAGGUUUGUCAGAGAGGGAGGGGUGCCAUCAGACUGCCCACAGACAUGCUCAGCAUCAAGCUACCCCAGCUUUUUGACAUCCACCAGGUCCCCAAGGUGUUCCAGGAGGACAGCAUCAUCUCUGGGUACCGCCACCCGCGGAGCUCGGCGCUAGACUGCGUCCUCAGCAGCUUCCAGAUGAACAACGAGACCAUCAACAUCUGGACACACUUCCUGCCAACAUGGUAUUUCCUGUGGCAUUUCAGCGUGCUCUGCUCCAAUAUGAACUUCCUGACCGACAGCUACACCUGGCCCCUGCUGGUGUACAUGCUGCUCAUCUGUAUUUACCCCUUCACCUCCAGCUGUGCGCAUACCUUCAGCAGCAUGUCCCCAGAGUCCCGCCACAUCUGUUACUUCUUUGACUACGGAGCGCUUAGCCUCUACAGCCUGGGAUGUGCCAUAAGCUACGGAUACUACGUCAUGCCCGACUGCUGGGUCAACAGUUGGCUCCAUCGUCAUUUUGUUCUCAUUGCCAUCGGAAACACGUUAUUCUGUACCAGCCUGUCCUGCUAUUCCAGGUUUCUGGAGGUACAGUUCCCACAGAGAAGUAAAGCUCUACGGACAGGUGCAUUCGUCCUCCCAUUUAUAUUUGACACUGUGCCUCUGUUUUACAGGAUCCUUCUGUGCUGUGGGGGGAACUGCAGCCCAAGCGAGGCAUUAUCUAGUCACUGUUACCACCUCCUCUUUGCCUUCCUCACCUGUUUCCUGUUUACCGCCCACCUCCCGGAGAGGUUGGCCCCAGGGCGCUUCGACUACUUUGGCCACAGUCACCAGCUCUUCCACAUCAGCGCUGUGGUGGGGACCCACUUCCAGAUGCAGGGUGUGUUAGCAGACAUGGCAUCACGGAAGGCGUGGCUUGUGGACCACGGAGCAGUGCCAUCCCUCCUAGGGACCAUCGGGGCGCUGGCCGUCAGCCUCGUCCUCAACUUGGGCAUUAUUGGUAUUUUCAGCGCCCCGCUGCUGUGGAAGUCCUGCCACAGCUCCAACCAGCCGCACACAUCACCGUGUGAGCGCAAGGAGCAAUGAGGCCGUAUUCUCCACCAACAGCCACUAGAUGGCUGAUUCACUUUCCAAAGGAAA